CGCACCUCGCCGUACCAUUUGCGUGCAGCUUGUCUCUGUAACACAGUGUAGCGCGUGGAUUUAGCGUAAGGUCAUCUCAACACCGUGGCCUCGUUUUGUGUAAGACUUCUCUGACGAUCCAAAAAUGGUAUUCCUGUCAUUGUCCAGAUGGAUUAGAAGCCGCGGACCCGACAGAUAUUGGAAAGUUCAAGAACUUCUCAAGCAUGCACGGCAUUUCAGAGGAAGAAAGAACCGUUGUUACAGUCUGGCUGUACGAGCUGUCACGAGGGCGUUUGUUUACGCUACUAAAGGACGCCAGCUGAAAAAACGCAACAUUAGAAAGCUUUGGAUCACCCGCAUUGCCGCAGCUUCCCGGGAGCACGGAAUGAAGUAUCCUGUACUCAUGAGCAAUUUGACUAAGAGCAGCGUUCAACUCAACCGACGUGUUAUCAGCGACCUGGCCAUCACAGAACCUCGUUCGUUCCUGGCCUUAGCCAAGCUCGCCAGGACCCGGCAGCAAGAAGGCUUCUUUGUAGCGUUGGGUGACGGCAAAGAACCUCCUGGUGUCUUCUCCCGUGUUGUUGUGCAACAGUAAUGGAUGCACUACUGGUCCCAGUUCUGUGGAAAUGUUUAGUGGAUACAUGAUUUAUUUAAUUUAGUUUUUUUAAGUUGUCAUUUGCAGCAUAAGGGAUUUAAAAAGUUUUGUUUUGUGAAACUAUCAAUAAUGCAAGUGUAUUAUUGGUAAAUGAUGAGAUGGUGAAUUUUUACAACUCUUAUUUAGAAGCCUUCUCACUGCAAUUGUGUUUAGGAACAAUUUGAUGUCAUACCAAAUCAUGUGUUUACUUAAAUUCAACAAUUACUCUUGAUGGUGCAAACCUGAAAUGUCUCGUCAUCAUUUUUCUCCUUAUGUAAAUAUUUAUUUCUCAGGAUUGUCCUUUGAGUGUUCAGUUAUUAUUAAAAACAUUUUGAUAUACA